GCGGGAUUUCUCGAUGUUGUUACAAUUUCCUGCCUCGGACGUAAGAGGUUGGAUUGAUAAUAUAUAUUAUAGUUUAUCAAGCAGGAUUCUUUGCAGGAUUGAAACGCGAGCACUGCAUUUUAAGCCAUGUUUUCUGACUUGAGUGCGCAGAAGGAUGGUUCGACUCUGUUGUGUCGGCCAGGCUCAGAGGACCAAGGGCCAGUUUUUGAAAGGAUGCUGCCCACCUACACUCCCAGCAUUGAACGUUUCAGACUGGGCGAGCGAAGCUUCAAUCGCCAGUAUGCUCAUAUUUAUUCGAUAAGACUUAUGCAGAUGAGACCCAUUUUAACAGAAAAAGCCCAGCAGAAAUGGGGGGCAGAUUUACAGAUUAGGAAACUAUGCGAUCUCGAGGCAGGGGAGCAGUGUUGCAUCGUAGGAACCCUCUUCAAGCACAUGGAGUUACAGCCAUCCAUUCUGAAGGAGAUCAGUGAGGAGCAUAACCUCUUGCCCCAGCCAGCACGUGCCAAAUACAUCAGUGAAACAGAUGAGCUUAUCAUGGAGGAUGAGCUACAGAGGAUCAAGUUGGAGGGGAAAAUUGACAAAGAUAAAUGUGUCACAGGUAGUGUGAUUGCUAUUUAUGGGGCAGAGAAGAAUGCUGGGAAGUUCACAGUGGAGGACUACUGCACUGCUGAUCUUCCUUUGCAGACACCAAGAAUUCCUCUUAGCUCCGACAGGUUUGUGCUCCUGGCCUCAGGAUUUGGUCUUGGAAGUAGUCAUGCUGACAGCAUGCUUGGUCUGCAGCUGUUAGUUGACAUGGUAACCGGACAGUUAGGUGACCAAGGGGAGCAGAGUGGGGCGGCAAGUAUCUCCAGGGUCCUGCUAGCUGGAAAUCUCUUGAGCCACAGCACCCAGGACAAAGAAGCAUCCACUAAGGCAAAGUAUCUUACAAAGAAGACUCAGGCUGGUAGUGUGGAGGCCAUUCGUCUGCUUGAUGAGCUGCUCCUUCAGCUGGUGGCCUCUGUGCCAGUGGAUGUUAUGCCAGGCCAGUAUGAUCCCACCAAUUACACCAUUCCACAGCAGCCCCUCCACCGCUGUAUGUUCCCCCUGUCCUCAGUUUAUCCCACCUUGCAACUGACCACCAAUCCAUACCAGGCUAACCAUGAUGGUGUAAGGUUCCUUGGCACAUCGGGCCAGAAUAUUUCUGACAUCCAGAAGUACAGUAGCAUGAACUCUCACCUGGAUAUUUUGGAGAGCACACUUCGCCUGAGACACUUGGCACCUACAGCACCUGAUACAUUGGGUUGCUACCCGUUUUACCAAAGAGACCCUUUCAUCCUGGAAGAGUGUCCCCAUGUCUACUUCAGCGGCAAUGCACCUUCCUUUGAGUCCAAGCUCAUCACAGGUCCCAACGGUCAGGAAGUGCGCUUGGUAACUAUCCCGGAGUUCAGCAGCACCCAAACAGCAUGUCUGGUUAACUUGCGCACACUUGACUGUGAGCCAGUCAGCUUCUCUGCAUUCUCCACCACCGAUGACGAUGACAGUGAGAUGAACAUCAGCCACUGAGACCUUGUUUUCA